UCAGUCAUGAAGCUACUGCUGUUGGCGGCGAUUGUUGCCCUCGGUUGGCUUCUUAUAGAGGCUGCCAAGAGCAGGACCAAGAACAGCUCCUGUCUGGUGAAAAACAAGUAUCCCCCCGAAUCCUCUUGUAGAUCAACGCGUCGGGAAUUCUUUACCUUCCACCGAGUUCUAUUCGACUGCAUAAAGGUGACCACAAAUUGCCGCAGGAUCUACAGGAGGAACGAGUUCAAUAGUUUGGAAUCUUGCAGAAAUGCUUGUCACUACCACAUGGCUGAACCAAGUCCGCCACCAGCCCGCAAUGGUACGACUUCUGCACCUGGAGGUGCCUCCGGAGCGCCAGGAGACGCUGCACCAGCAGAUGCAGCUGCACCGCCAGCUGCAGAGUGAUCUUCAUGCUCAGACCCAAAAAAGAGAAUUUUAUUAAAUUCCCUCAGAUAUUUAAA